AUGGACUUUUAUAUCAGCAUGGGAGCAGGAAGAAAGACAAAGACGCUUCCAUUAAAGGAAAAGCCUGAAGAUAAAUGGACAGUUAAUUGCAGUGUUUCUGCUCGAAAUCUAAGGAAAGCUGACCUAGGUGCAGUUAUAUUCGGAUGCAAACAUUAUACAAUUAAGGAAUGCCAGUUGAAGCAAUUGUUUGGAUUGCCGUCAGCACAUUUUUCCUAUGUGAAGAACGUUACUCCUGGCUUAACACUAUUCCUAUUCAACUAUAGCGAUAGGAAGCUUCAUGGCAUCUUUGAAGCUGCAAGCACAGGCCAAUUGAAUAUCAACCCGUAUGGGUGGACUGAUGAAGGCACAGACCACACACCUUACCCUGCACAGGUGCAAGUGCGCGUUCGAAAGCAGUGUCGGCCAUUGCUUGAAGAAGAAUUUGCUCCAAUAAUUGCUGAUAACUAUUAUGAAUCAAUGCAUUUCUGGUUUGAGCUCGACCGGACUCAAACGAGCAAACUGACGGACUUAUUUUUAUCUUCAGCACCUCGCCCUCCUAGGAAUGCUCUUCGAUCGCAGAAUACAGCUAAAUGGAGCACACUUUUCAAUGGUUUACCAAGUUCUGAUGCUAGGGAGGUAGAUAAUGGAGUUAGAGCUCCAAUUUCAGAAGAAACAGCCUAUAAUUCGCAUGAGGUGUGUACAGAAUGCAACUCAUGGGAAUCAACUGUUGUAGACCCAAAACUAGAAAGUGAGCGAUCAUAUGCAUCUGUUCUGAGUAGUAAAAGUACUACCCUUGAACAGAAACCAUGGAUAUCUUUGUUUAAACCUUCUGCAGCUUCAAGUGGGCUACACAAAAAGGAAAGCUUUCCAGCACAAUCUUCAAAAACUUUGCCUCCAUCAGAUAAUUCCAAUAUGGAAUGGGAGCUUUCAUGCGUCUCAUCUUCUCUUCACAGAGAAUACCAGCAUUUGGAAACUUGUUCUAAUGAUUGGGGUUCAGAAGGAGACGAAGAGCCUUUCGACUUGAAACCAAGCUCCAUGGACUCUAAUCUGCUGUCAAAAGUAACCGAUUCAAUCACUCUUAGCACUUCAAACAUUUCGUUAGCUACUGUUGGUUUAAGGGAGGAAAUCGGGCAUAUGAAGUCAAUUGCUUCAGGAUUGCACCUUCAUAAGCCUGAUGAGCCAGAUGCAGAGUGGGAGUCAUGUGUUCCCCGUGUUUUAAUUCGAGAUGGCACUGCAUUAAAAACUUCUAUUGCCAAUGAUGCAAAAGGCAUGCACAAUUAUUCCGUGGAUCCAGUCGAAAUUCAUGGCCAAGAUCCUGACCAGUUGUUUCUGACUGGUGGGGAAUAUCCAGGGGAAGGUGAGGCUUCAGUAGCAUGUACAGAGCUUAAGUCCUGUGAUGUUCCCUCUGCUGUAGCUCAGCUAAUGCGAGAAAUUGAAGAGUUGAAGGGGUCUCAUUUGAAACAAAACCUCAAAAUUAACUCUCUGGAGCAGGAACUGGUUCAGUCAAGGAUAGAGAUUCAACAAUUAAGAAGCCAAUGUAAAAUGUUGGCUUCUAGUUCAACUUCCUAUUCAAGGGGGCAUUUGGAGGGAGUAGACACUGAAGCAUCCAAACCUUUUCAGGGAUUUGACAACUCUCUACUUAUAGUAGGAGGAUACAAUGGUUCUUCUUGGAUAUCAGAUUUGAGCCUCUAUUCACCUACACACGAUAUUGUAAAAUCUCUUAGUCCAAUGACCUUUAUGCGCUCUUAUGCCUCAGCAGCACAGUUGAAUGGUGAACUUUAUCUAGUUGGUGGGGUACAUGGAAAUCAUUGGUAUGAUACAGUUGAAUCAUACAAUCUGAAACACAAUCAAUGGGCUAAACGUCCUUCUCUAAAUCAGAGAAAAGGGAGUUUGGCUGGGGUUUCUGUAUUGGAAAAGUUGUUUGCAAUCGGUGGAGGAAAUGGAGUUGAGUGUUACUCAGAGGUUGAAAUGUUUGACGCGAACAUAGGAAAGUGGAUCUUCACACAGCCAAUGCAACAAAAGCGAUUUGCUCCAGCAGUUGCAGAUAUAAAUGGUGCAGUCUAUGUUGUUGGGGGAUAUGAUGGAGCACAGUACCUGAAAUCUCUUGAAAGAUUUGAUCCUAGAGAACCUAAAUGGACUUUACUGAGCAGCAUGAGCACAAAGAGGGGAUGCCACUCUGCAGUCGCAUUGGAUGAGAAACUGUAUGCUUUUGGUGGUUAUAAUGGAGAGAAAAUGGUGUCCACUGUUGAGGUUUUUGACCCUCGUGUUUGUUCAUGGAUGAUGAGAGAACCCAUGAAACAUGCAAGGGGAUAUUUUGGGGCUGUGGUGAUUGGAGGAAAGAUAUACGCCAUAGGUGGGUUGAAGGACAAAGAGGAGAUUUUAGACACGAUAGAGCUGUUCGAGGAGGGUUAUGGCUGGCAAGUAAUGAAACUAAAAGCUUUGGGGAAAAGAUGCUUCAUCUCUGCUCUUGUUUUGUGAAUGCUCGUUGUAUUCCGUGUCUCGCUGUCAAUAGGUAUAUCUACGGGAACCGGCAGUCAGCAAGGCUCCCCAUGUUUGCUGCAUGGAAUGUGUCUUCGCUGGUUGUGUCUUAUAACGAGCUUUUGACUCUCUUUGUGGUUUUGUGACAUUAGAACUACUCUACAACUAUAAUCACUUUAAAC